GGGUAGUAACUAGUAAACGCUUGUAAGUUGAAACAUACUCCGUUGUCCGUAGGGGCGAGAACUUGUGGGCGAAAAAUAGGUUCGCGAAGUCUAAAGCAAGGAAUGGAUACUGUAUCCUAGAAUUGAUUAGCGGCAAAUCCGCAAUCGCAACUCCAAUUCUUCAUCUUGUCUAACUCUUCUAUCUUCUUCAGCCGGUCAAGCACGUCUCACACACCGGUACCCGGUCUCUGGUCGGCCAUCAGACGGCCGGUCAGCCUUAGCCUCUAGCCAAGUAGCUGCUACUCGACAGCCUCUACUAGCUAGAUCAGCCCCCAAUUGAGACGCCUGAGUUCCAGUCAUCUUUGUAGUCAGAAUAAGGAAGACCGUGAGAUAAUAAAAAGGAAAGUCAAUCUGACAGACAAAACCAUAGGAGUCGGGGAAGAAGGAUGAAGGAAGAAGACAGUAAUGUGAGUAGCACCAUGGCUGCCGCCACAGUGGAUACCGGCAAGGCUGACAGACCAGUAUGGCUGAUGAAGUGUCCAUUAGUUGUCUCCAAAUCAUGGCAGUCUCAGGCGGCGACGGCUUCCUCCUGCUCCUCCACAGAUAUUCCGCUAGUUGGUAAAGUCGUUGUUUCUCUCGAUCCUCUCCAACCAGAAGAUUCUCACCAAUUUACCAUGGAACUGGCUGAUAAUGAUGUUGGGAACAUCCCCAAAGGGUACUCUUUGAAUAUGUUCAAAGAUUUUGUACCAAUGUGUAUCUUCUCAGAGACAAAUCAAGGAAAGGUUUCCAUUGAAGGGAAAGUUGAUCAUAAAUUUGACAUGAAGCCUCACACUAGGAAUAUGGACGAAUACAGGAAAAUGUGUCGGGAAAGAACAAAUAAAUCAAUGGUUAAGAACAGACAAAUACAGAUAAUCGAUAAUGAUCGUGGUGUACACAUGAGGUCUAUGCCUGGAAUGAUGGGUUUGCUUGCAUCAACUUCUAAGGAGAAAAAGAAAGCAACUCCAGUUAAAGGACCUGAAGUAAAAAGAACUAGAAGGGAUCGGGGAGAACUGGAGGAUAUCAUGUUUAAGCUUUUCGAAAGGCAACCUAAUUGGACGUUGAAGCAGCUUGUCCAAGAAACAGACCAGCCUGCGCAAUUUUUGAAGGAGAUCCUAAAUGAGCUGUCAGUGUACAAUAAGAGGGGAGCAAACCAAGGCACAUAUGAGCUGAAGCCUGAGUAUAAGAAAUCUGCUGAGGACACUACUGAUGCAGACUAGAUGUCUUAUAAAGAAACAAGUGAACUUUGUAUUAGUAAAUUCCACCGGUAAUUGUACUAAUGCUUUUGUAUUUAACCUGAUAAAUUUGCUGAAUAUUGCUAUUAUUAUUAUUAUUAUUAUUAUUAUUUAUUAAUUCCAAAUAGUACACGCACAG